UUGAUUUUAUAUCAUGUUGGAAAAAUAAGUCAUUUUUGCGAAUUCGUUCGAGAUUUCAUUGGAGUGUUUUUGCUGAAUGAUCAGCAUUUCUCAAAAUGGCUUCUGAACUAGAAUGCUCUUCGGAGGGAAUGAAAGAUGAAAAGGGAACAGCGGGAUGUUCGAGCAGCAACCUCAGUGGAGAUGCUAAAAAGAAAGCGAUGUGUGUUAUUGUAUUGGGCAUGGCUGGAAGUGGCAAGACCACUUUUGUCAGACAACUGAACAGCCAUUUAAUUGCAAAGGGAAACAAGUGUUACGUCAUGAACCUGGACCCUGCAGUUAACGAGGUGCCCUACCCAGUGAAUAUUGACAUCAGAGACACUGUGAAGUACAAACAAGUCAUGCAGCAGUAUGGACUGGGACCCAACGGGGCCAUUAUGACGUCACUCAACAUAUUCGCAACCAAAUUUCAUCAGGUGUUGGAUUUGGUUGAGAAACGAAUGAAUAAUGAGGAGGUUGACUAUGUGCUGGUUGACACUCCUGGCCAGAUAGAAGUGUUCACAUGGAGUGCCAGUGGGGCCAUAAUUAGUGAGGCCAUGGCAUCCCUCAUGCCCACUGUAGUCGUGUACGUCAUGGACACGCAAAGGAGCAGCUCAACAGUGACGUUUAUGAGCAACAUGCUGUAUGCGUGCAGUAUCUUGUACAAGAGUAGGUUGCCGCUAGUGGUGGCCAUGAACAAAACAGACAUUGUGAGUCAUGCUUUCGCGGAGGAAUGGAUGCGCGACUGGACUGUGUUCGAGGACUCCCUCUCCUCUCAACAGUCUUCCUACUCUGCAAACCUCGCGAGAUCCAUGUCGUUAGCUCUUGAGGAGUUUUACCAACAUCUUCGAUGUGUGGGCGUCUCAUCUCUGGCAGGAGUUGGAUUUGAAAAGCUGGAGGAUCAAUUGAAUGGAGCGAGAGAGGAGUACAACAAGGAUUACAAGGCACAGUACGAGAAAAUAAAGGCAGAAAAACUUAAGCAAAACAUGGAAAAAUUAAAGGCUGACAGAAUACAAGAGAAGGAAACAGAGAAAACCAAAGUCAACGUGCAGCAGAAUAUUGAGUCAGAGUCGAGCAUGGAAGAGGAACAGGACAAAAAUGGCCAUCAAGGAACACCUUCUGUAUCGAAUCAAUGAAAAACGAAGCAACAUUUAACAUUAACUGGUUCCUGUUGAAAGAAUAACCUGGAAUUCCCAGAUAGCUUUGUGGAAUCAGAUGAAAGUCUGGUGAUAAAGAAAUCGAUUGGAGCAGAUUGUGAUUAGAGAAAUAUGAAACAAAUUCAACUAUAAUUUUGUUAUGCUUUCCGAGUUCUUUUUUUCUUCCACUUGGAAUUUAUUUUUCCAUGAA